AUGUGGACGCCAUAUCGAACUCGUAAUAAUAAUAAUGAUAACAAUAGCAACAUAUUCAGUGGACGUCAAGAAAUGUAUUCACAUCGAGAUUAUUUACGAGCUGUAUUAGAAUCAGGUUCUGUACAUUAUGAUUCAUCUAUUGAACGAUACGAUGAAGAUAAACGUAUGUUGGCUUUUUUUGAUUCACUUCUUCAACGAGAACUUGGAAGUGGUCAUAAUAAUAAUAAUAAUGAUGAUGAUGAUGAUAAUAGUGAUGAUGAUAGUGAUGAUAUAUCCUUUAGUAUUGAUUCAAGUGAUGAUGAUCAAACAUCUACAAUAAGUCAAUCAGACGAUGAAGAUGAAGAAGAAAUUACAUUAGAAGAAAUCAAUAGUCAAACAGUAGAUCUCACUGAUACAACAACACAUUCAACUAGUCCAUCCGAAAUGUCAUCUUCUCGUUCUCGUCAUCCUACAAUAGUAUCUUUAGCUAAAAACUAUCGUAUUCAUUAUGUUCAAAUGAUUAAAGAAAAAAUAACAGGAACUACAUCAUCAUCUCAAUCAGAAAAACGUUCAUUAGAAUCACCAACAAUGAUGCCAUGCAAACGUCACCGUUCAUCAUCAAAUUAUGCUAAUACAUUACAGACAUUGAGAAACAGAAUUCAACGUGAAGAAAAUGAACAAUUUUAUUUCAAUGAUGAAAGAAGAAUGUGA